AUGUUUACUCAGCGCGCCGUCGCCCGUCGGAUGCAGAGGUUCCGAUACAAUAAUGUGCGACAAUCAGCCAUUGUGAAAGCUGCCGGGAAUGACAAAUCAGUGACAUGCCCGACGCCCGCCGACGGGGCCCGUUCAUUAACUCUCACCUCCUCCAUAAAUAACCUAGCGAGCAUCAUUCCUGAACGCAGCACAAAAGCGCGCGUCAAUGCUGACAACGUUCCCACAACGAAGCACCACAGAGUAAACGAAAAAAAAGAAAACGCUGUCAAGCUGUCUGUCAAAAUAUGGUUUCAAAAUCACCGGUACAAAUGCAAGAGGCAAGCCAAGGAGAAGGCGAUGGCGGAACAAAAUCAACACAAUCAGGUCUGUAGCAAAAUAACUUCAAAUUUAUUCACGUACUUUAAAAAACUAAGAUAUAGUGCACCUGAUCAAUGCAAGGCAUUUUUUGGCUCCAGUACAGUGACCCUGGCUCGUGCGUGGAACAUUGGCUCAAUUUGCGCGGUGGGGGCGGUAGCUCCAACAUUUCAUUGUUCGCUGGGCGCCGCCCGCCCCUCUAAUGACUUGCUUUCAUUCAUCGUCAUCGCCCCGACGAGUGGCAGUUCCCGUCCUAGUGAAGGACGGGAAACCUUGUGGCUCUGGGGAGUCGUCGUCACCAGCGCACAGCCACUGCGCCACCCCGACGUCCGGGUACUCCGCCCCGCAGCCCUCGCAGGCCGCGUGCAGCAACCCGCUCGUGUCGUCGUACCGCCAGCCCGCGGCCUACCAGCAGCAGUGCUCCGGGUACCUGCCGCUGCAGGGCCGCGCUUGGUAGAAGUUCCCACAGCUUUAUCAUGAGACAAUGUUCAAGGAAGAGAUGUAUUUUGAUUAAAUUCAAUUGUUUUCUUAGUUUUUGUAGACUCAAUGAUUUCAUUGUCGUUGCAUUCUUAUUUAGUGUUGCUGUGAGUAAAAUAUUCUCCCACAAUCCAUGGUAAAUACAAAUAAUCAUUAUGUAAAUUCGUUUACUCUCAACGGUUAUAUCUUUUUUUUUUGUACACUAAAUAGUUUUUUCGUUUUAAUGUAGCAUAAUAAAAGUCGAAGUUUCUUUAAUUUUUAAUGUCUCCUCUAAGAACACUGUCUCGGGUGAAGCGACGUGGCUAGAGCUACAAAAAUGAACAUUGAUUAGAAAAAUAGUGAAAUUUCGAAAGUGUUGAUGUGAAAUGUGGACAUAGUCGGUGAUCGCCGCACAACGGGAGGAGGGUAAUGUGUAAAUAAAUUAGCAAUAGCUUUAGUUAAGCACACGUGAGGAUUUGAAUUGAUUCUUUGUGAUAUUUUUUUACAGACAUAUAAACCUGAAUUGAAAAUAUUUUCACAAUCAAUUUUGCUCUGAAUAAAAAAAAUAAAAUUACUAUUUUUUAUCUAUGUCAUUCUGGCGUCGAUGUCACAAUUAUUUCCAGUAUAUUAUGUACCCGUAAACGUCUAAAUAUUUUUUAUUCAGGUUUUUGAAAUAAGAGUGCCAAACUUCCAAUACCUAAUGUCUUCGUUAUGUUAGACAAAGCACAUUCAUUUGUUUUCGCUUAUAUUGUAACGUUAUAACUUUGACGAGAUGUUUCAUCACCUCUCAGACUGCGUACUGGAUCGUUAACAAUUC